CCAAUCAGCAGGGUCGAUACAAAAUAUACUUGACAUCACCUCAGCCAUUUUGGAAAUUGGAAGCUGUUUAUUUCUUCAAGGUAAGGAAAAUUUGUAACAAUGGCUGGCAUAGAAAAAAUGAUGGAGAACCACUUGCUACAGGCUACCCAGGCCAUUGAAGACCAAUUAGAUAAUGAAAUCAACAAGCUUGACCGUAUGGAUCAAGAUGAGAUGGAACAGCUGAGAGAAAAACGCCUUCAAGCUUUGAAAAAACAAGCAGCACAAAAAGAAGAGUGGAUAGCUCAGGGUCAUGGGAAAUACUUUGAAGUCCCAGAUGAAAAGGCUUUCUUUGAUGAAUGCAAAAAGAGCAAGAAUGUGGUUUGUCACUUCUACAGAGACAGUACUUUCAGGUGCAAAAUAGUAGACAAACAUUUAGAGAUCCUGGCAGCUAAGCAUAUAGAGACAAAAUUCAUCAAAAUUGAUGCUGAAAAAUGUAAAUUUUUAGUUGAACGUCUUCGUAUUGUAGUCAUUCCAACCAUCUGUCUGGCAAAAGAUGGAAAGACUGUUGAUUAUGUUGUUGGUUUUGACGAUCUCGGUGGAACUGAUGAGUUUUCCACAGAGGUGUUAGAGUGGCGCAUCGCCAGGGCAGACGUCAUUAAUUAUAGUGGCGACUUGCUCCACCCACCUGGCUCUGAGGACAGAAAGAAAGGGAGAAGUGUACUUGGCAUGGAUAGAAAGAAGAAUUUAAGAGGAAGAAAUGAUGAUGAUGAUAUGAGUGAUGAUGAUGAUGACUGGUAGACCGAACUCUGAUAUUGACAUUAGAUAAAAUACCCACUGUUGAGGUAGAUAGCCUUCAAAGACUUAGUGGCUGAAAGUGAUUUCGGGUGAAGAAAACAAAUAAUUAUAGAUCUGGAAAGUUUAUUAAGCUUGACUACCAAAAAUUGAGUUAGAGUGAACAUAAAUCUGCUGCACAAUAUUUAUUUAUUUAUUUAUUUAUUUAUUUAUUUAUUAUUAUUAUUAUUAUUUUUUUUUUGGAUGAAUUGUGUUUAGUCUAUGAUGAGACAGUUGGAUUCCAGUCACUUAUCUUUUAAACCGCUGUUUAUUCUUCUGGUUGCCUUCCAAGAACUGAUAAUGAUGUGUUCUCUCAUUAUCUAUGUGAUAAAGUGGGUUAUGAUGUUCAACAUGACUGGAGGUCAAAUUGAAUUUUCUUGGUUUGUACAUGCGAAUAGAAUUUGAAGCAUAUCAUCUCAAGGAUGUGAAUGUUCAGGGGAUAACAUGAAUGUGGGAAUUUUAUUCUAACUUUAUCUAUUUAUUUAUUUAUUUGUUGAAAGCAUUGUUGAUAUGUCAUUUAAAAGUUUUUCUUUUUUGCUGGGUUGAAAGGUAUUAAGAUUAUAAAAAAAACUCACGUAAUCAUGUCACUGUUUAAUUUAUUGUUCUCUUGAUAUCUUGAUUUAGAGCAUAUACAAUAUAUUGGAUAUACUACAAUGCUGUGAAGACAUGAUUACCAGUAUGAUCCAGUGUAUGGUUUUCAUAUAUAACUUAUCUCUGUAUAAAAAUGUAGCAAUGUUUUACACAGAUAUGCUGUCCUUUUGUAAACACUGCACCAAUACUUAACUGUAUAUACCCCUUCCCAAGUGCCACACUAGUUAGCUGAAGUCUUGAAUACAUUAAGUAAAAACCCAUAAUGUGUAUAACUGCUCAUGACUGUUUUAUUGGUACUUUAUAAUAUAUGUAUCUAUGUAUGUAUUAUAUAUUUUAUCAUAUUAUCUUGACUAAAAGAAUAUUUGUUUUGACAAUUUUUUUUAUGCUUUUAUUAAAGCAUAUUGUAGGUUUUCAAUGUAGUUAAAAGAAGUACUGGUUUGAAGGAUUUUAUUAGUUUUUUCAAAACUGUAAUGAGAUAAAAGCUUUUCAAUUGAGGUAUGCAAACAAUUUGUUACUUUUCUCUGUUUUUUCCACUUUGUACUAUGUGUGCUUAUUAAACAGAAUGCAUUGAAAUAAUUA